CCCGAAUUGAAAAUUUCUUCCUUCCGAAUCACAAAGCCAGCAACAGCAACGCAACCUCACCCAUUGCUUCUCGCGCGAUCAUCGAGCGAGUGCUUCAUUGGUGCCGAGGAUCUUGUGUUGACGAUGUGAUAGCUGCCGCAAGCUACCGGUUUUGCUGGAAAGAGAAACAACACACGCAUCAACAUGGCAUCGACAUCGGAACCCCCCAAGAUGGCUGGCUUCACUGUCGGCCUGAUUGGUGUGGGCGAUAUGGGCAAGAUGUAUGCCCGGAGACUUAGCAGCGCAGGUUGGAGGAUCAUGGCCUGCGAUAGGGAAGAGAAAUAUGAUGAGCUGGUGAAAGAUUUCGAGGGGAAUAACAAUAUACACAUUCUCCGCAACGGUCAUCUCGUGUCUCGCGCCAGCGAUUAUAUCAUUUAUAGUGUUGAGGCGGCGGUCAUUGAUCGUGUCGUCGCCCAGUACGGUCCAUCGACCAAGCUCGGCGCCAUUGUUGGCGGCCAGACGUCCUGUAAAGAUCCCGAGAUCAAGGCCUUCGAGAAGUACCUGCCCGCCGACGUUGACAUCGUAUCCUGCCAUUCCCUCCACGGCCCCAAUGUCGAUCCCAAGGGCCAACCGCUGGUGCUCAUCAAGCAUCGCGCCUCCGAUGAAUCUUUCUCCAAGGUCGAGCAUAUACUCUCCUGCCUCAACUCCAAGGUUGUCUACCUGAGUGCCGAGGAACAUGACCGCAUCACGGCCGAUACCCAAGCCGUCACCCACGCUGCUUUCCUCAGCAUGGGCAAGGCCUGGCACGCAACCAAGCAAUUCCCCUGGGAGGGAACCCGUUAUGUCGGCGGCAUCGAAAACGUCAAGAUCAACCUCAUGCUCCGCAUCUACGCCCAAAAGUGGCACGUCUACGCCGGCCUCGCCAUCCUCAACCCCGAAGCCCACAAGCAGAUCGCCCAGUUCGCCAAGUCCACCACCGAGCUGUUCUACCUCAUGCUGGAGGGCCGCGCCGACGAGCUCCGCGCCCGCGUUUACGCCGCCAAGGAAAAGGUCUUCGGCGCCGAGGGAAGCCCCAAGUGGGAGAGCAAGCCUCUCCUCCGCGACGACGUGCUCGACCAGUUCAGCCUCCGCCAGCCCGAGAACGGCGGCCCUUCGGCCCCGUCCCUGCCCAACAACCAUCUCUCGCUGCUUGCCAUGGUCGACUGCUGGAGCGCUCUGGGCAUCGUCCCCUACGACCACAUGAUCUGCUCGACUCCCCUGUUCCGGCUCUGGCUGGGCGUCACCGAGCACUUGUUCAGGACCCCGGGCUUGCUGGAUGAGUGUCUGAAGGUCGGCAUCGAGGAUCGCACCUUCAGAAGGGACGAUUUGCAGUUUACCAUUGCGGCGGCGGGUUGGGCCGAGUGUGUGGGUCUGAGGCAGUUCGAGACGUGGAGGGAGCGGUUUGCGGUUACCCAGGCUUUCUUCGAGCCGAGGUUCAAAGGAGCGGUGGAGGUGGGUAACGCGAUGAUUAAGGCCGUUUUGGCGAGUGAUGAGAAGGAUUAAAAGGAUGCCACAGCGAAGAAGGGAAGGGAAUGGGUAUGGGAGAUAGUGAUAUUCGCGGAAGGCUGUUGAGCGGUACGGAGGAAAAGUUCGAAGACAGGACAGACAUAUGUGUGAUAGGACACGGCUACCCGGCGUAGACUUCCUAGGAGCGGCUGUGGUAUUGAUUAAUAGGAACUUCCUGAGUGAAAGUCUUGACGGGUGCUUCUUGUUGUUAUGAUGAUGAUGUGCGGUUCUAAGGUGUACUGUGAUGCUAUACGAGGCGUUGUGAGAGAUGAUGCUGUCCGUAACAUCACAGAGGCCUACGAAGAUAUUUCAUACACUUUCUGCCUACGAUAAUCCUUUCAACUCCUUAGGCCGCGUUAACCAUAACGUCACUUCUUCACUAUUGAAUUUUUAUGCUGUAGUUUGGCACACCAAGUUCGAAAAUGGCAUUGCCG